CAAGGCUACGUGGACGCCCUUCCCAGGAGCACAUACCCAGUGUCCUCUGGGGACUAGUGGAGCCAUCUUGAGGACUGACUGGCCAUGACCUCUAUAAAGGAGCAGGCAGCAAUUAGCCGCCUCUUGAGUUUUCUACAGGACUGGGACAACGCUGGCAAAGUCGCAAGGAGUCACAUCCUUGACAAUUUCAUCAAGACCAACCAAGGCAAGACCUCUCCUGAACUGGAGCAGGAGUUUUCCCAGGGAGCCAGCUUGUUCCUGGUUCGCCUGACGACCUGGCUGAGACUCAUCUAUAUGACUGGCUCCUGUUUAGAUAAGCUUCUGCAGUCUAUUGGCAUCUUCUUGUCAGCUGUGAGCAGUAAUCGGUACCUUAUAGAAUUUCUUGAAGUUGGAGGCGUCCUAACACUCUUGGAAAUACUUGGGCUGGAGAAGAUCAAAGAGGAGGACAAGAAGGAAUCCAUCAAGCUACUUCAGGUUAUUGCAAACUAUGGCAGGAAGUACAAGGAGCUCAUCUGUGAAAGCUAUGGCGUGAGAUCCAUAGCAGAAUUCUUGGCAACGUCGAAAUCCGAAGAGACCCAGGAAGAAGUGCAGGUUCUGUUGGAUUCUUUGGUCCACGGAAAUCCCAAGUACCAGAAUCAAGUAUACAAAGGUCUGAUAGCUUUGCUGCCCUGUGCGUCACCUAAAGCUCAGCAGCUGUCCCUGCAGACUCUCAGAACUGCGCAGUCAAUCAUUGGAACCACCCACCCCAGCAUCGUGGAGUGCGUCCUGAAGGUGCUGCGCACAAUGCACCUGGAAGUCCAGUAUGAAGCCAUCGAGCUGAUCAAGGACCUGGUCAACUACGACGUGUGCCAGACGCUGCUCAAGGGCCUGGUGGAGCUGCUGAUACCGUCCGUCAAGGAGACCAGAAAACUGCAGCCCAAGAUCCUCAACGACUCCUUGGUUCCCCAGCUCACCGCCCACCUGCCGGUGUUCUUGCAGCAGGCCGCGGCGGCCAAGGCCAUCGGGGUCCUGGCGCGCAGCAACACGAGCAUCGCGGAGGAGAUGCUGCACCUGCGCGUGGUGCACAGCCUGUUAGCCGCCAUGGGCAACUCGGACCACUGCAACAGCCAGCGGCAGGCCAGCCUCACGCUGGAGUACUUCGUGCAGAUGUUCCCGGUGGUGGAGGAGCACGUCCGCCGGUCCAUGGGAGAGGAGCUCUACCAGCUCUUCCUUUAUUACACCAAAGUGGCGUCCCCCGCAGCAACACUACCUUUUAUCUUGAAGCUCAUGACAAGGAUCAGCUGGAUUACAUCUCAUACUUCCAGAAGGAGGAUAUGGAGGGAAAGGAGUAACGGAGCCUCUGAGGCAAUCCAGAAAGGUCCGGGCUGUGUUUCAGGAAGCCUGGGAGAAGGAUCCUGGGGUCACGCUCACGGUGACCCCACUGGCCCUAGGUGGGAGGCUGAGGGUUGGGCCUGCCUGUAGGGGAGAGGGAGAGCUGCCUGCUGGCAGGA